AUGGCGGCGGAGACGUUGGUCGGGUACGGCGGGGAGGGGGAGGGGGGCGAUGGGGCGGUGGGGGUGGAGGCGGCGUUCCAGGCGUUGAACACCAUCAUCCAGCUCCACUUCGAGAAGAUCCUGGAGAAGAAACGCGAUGUGGACACGCAGAAGAAGGAGCUAUGGCGUCUCUUCCAGCUCUUCUUCCUCUUCCUCGCGGUGGUGCUGGCCGCCCAGCUGGGGGCGUCCCCCGAUCGCCUCCAGUGCCGCCACUGCUGGGCCCCAAUCGGCCUCCUCUCCCUCGCCCACCUCGCCUUCUACGUCGCCGUCGCCCAAACCCUCCGCUGCAUCAACGGCUUCAAGUACCAGCGCCGCUGCCACAAGCUCACCCUCGCCCUCGCCACCGAUCGCCUCAAGCUCCUUAAGUUACGCUUCUCCUCCUCCUCCUCCGCCGCCGCUGCCGGCGCCGAGCCCCCUCCCGUUCUCCCCUCCGACUUCGAGAUCCACUACCAGGAGCCCCCGGAGAGUUACCUGGGCAAGUUCAAGCGCAGCUGGGCCCUGCACUUCGGCUUCCUCAUGUGCACCUUCGGCUUCAUGGUCUCCGCCUCCGUCGUCCUCCUCUGCUUCUAGGAUCUUCCAUUCCGUCACAUUUUGGGCAUUCCCGGUGAGAUGGACAUGGAUCUGAGAUGGUGAGUGGGUGAUCCUUCUCUUCUUGUUACCAUUCUUGGAGAAUGAUGAAUGCUUAGCCGUGCUACGUAUCACGGUUGGUCAACCAUGCAAGAUCAGCAUGGUUUGACGUGUCUUGUUCCCAACCUCGUGUUUAUUCAUCCAUAUUUAUCUAUCUAUCUAUCUAUUUAUUUAU